AUGGUCAAUUGCAGAAACUUAGACCUCGUUUUCAUUUCUGCAAAGGGGCUUAAGGAUGCCAAUAUCAUCCAAAGAAUGGAUGUCUAUGCUGUCGUUUCCAUCUCCGGCCUCGACGACGGACCACAUAGAACCCCUGUUCAUAAGGCCGGAGGUACGAAUCCGACAUGGAAUUUCCCAAUCAAGUUUACCGUCAAUGAGCUUGCCGCCCUCAGCAACCGUUGCACGCCCAUCGUCAAGAUCAAGGCCGUAGGGAUGUUCAUGAAUAUCGGAUUGGGACAAGUCCAUGUGCCCGUCAAAGACCUUCUAAAAACCCAAGAAAAUGCCAUACACUUUGUUAGUUUUCCGGUGAUCAGAAAGCGGUCCGGCAAGCCGAAAGGGGAACUCAAUUUUUCGUAUAAAUUUGGGGAAAGAUUACCCCUCGCAAAUGAGCCUGUGCAACAAUCUCCAAAGAGAAAACUGGGUCUGGGUGUGUCCGACUCAUAUCCUCUCACUUGUGACAGUAGCCUUUGUGGUGGCGGUUGCGGUUAA